CCCCACACUCACACACACACACUCACACACACACCCUCCUCCCCGCCCCGCUCCGACCGAGGGGUGACUUAAGCAACGGAGCGCGGUGAAGCCCAUUUUUCUCCUUCCUCACAGCCGCGCCGGGGAGCUCGCGGCGCGCGGCCCCCUGCACUCCGGCCCGAGAUGAAUGCUGCGGCAGAAGCCGAGUUCAACAUCCUCCUGGCCACGGACUCGUACAAGGUUACGCACUAUAAACAGUAUCCACCCAACACAAGCAAAGUUUAUUCCUACUUUGAAUGUCGUGAAAAGAAAACAGAAAACUCCAAAGUAAGGAAGGUGAAAUACGAGGAAACAGUAUUUUAUGGGUUGCAGUACAUUCUUAAUAAGUACUUAAAAGGCAAAGUAGUGACCAAAGAGAAAAUCCAGGAAGCCAAAGAGGUCUACAGAGAACACUUCCAGGAUGAUGUCUUUAAUGAAAAGGGGUGGAACUACAUUUUGGAGAAGUAUGAUGGGCACCUUCCAAUAGAGGUGAAGGCGGUUCCUGAGGGCUCAGUGGUUCCCCGCGGAAAUGUCCUCUUCACAGUGGAAAACACAGACCCGGAAUGCUACUGGCUCACCAACUGGAUUGAGACUAUUCUUGUUCAGUCCUGGUAUCCAAUCACAGUGGCUACAAACUCUAGAGAGCAGAAGAAAAUAUUGGCCAAAUAUUUGCUGGAAACUUCUGGUAGCUUAGAUGGUUUGGAGUACAAGUUACAUGAUUUUGGCUACAGAGGAGUCUCUUCCCAAGAGACUGCUGGCAUAGGAGCAUCUGCUCAUUUGGUUAACUUCAAAGGAACCGAUACAGUAGCAGGAAUUGCUCUGAUUAAAAAAUACUACGGGACAAAAGAUCCCAUUCCAGGCUAUUCUCUUCCGGCAGCAGAACACAGUACCAUAACCGCUUGGGGGAAAGACCAUGAGAAAGAUGCAUUUGAACAUAUUGUAACACAGUUCUCCUCAGUGCCCGUAUCUGUGGUCAGCGAUAGCUACGACAUUUAUAACGCCUGUGAAAAAAUAUGGGGAGAAGAUUUAAGACAUUUGAUAGUAUCCAGAAGUACAGAGGCACCUCUCAUAAUCAGACCUGAUUCUGGGAAUCCUCUUGACACUGUAUUAAAGGUUUUGGAUAUUUUAGGUAAAAAAUUUCCUGUUGUUGAGAAUUCAAAGGGCUACAAAUUGUUGCCACCCUAUCUUAGAGUUAUUCAAGGAGAUGGAGUAGAUAUUAACACCUUACAAGAGAUUGUGGAAGGCAUGAAACAAAAAAAAUGGAGUAUUGAAAAUAUUGCCUUUGGUUCUGGGGGAGCUUUGCUACAGAAGCUAACAAGAGAUCUCCUGAAUUGUUCCUUUAAGUGUAGUUACGUUGUAACCAACGGUCUUGGGAUUAAUGUCUUCAAGGACCCAGUUGCUGAUCCCAACAAAAGGUCCAAAAAGGGCCGAUUAUCUUUGCAUAGGACACCAGCCGGCAAUUUUGUUACACUGGAGGAAGGAAAGGGAGACCUUGAGGAAUAUGGUCAGGAUCUUCUCCAUACCGUCUUCAAGAAUGGAAAGGUGACAAAAAGCUAUUCCUUUGAUGAAGUAAGGAAAAAUGCACGGCUGAACAUUGAACUGGAAGCAGCUCCUCAUCAAGCUGUGUCUUAGGACAGGCAUGUGUGGCUGUGUGUGUAUACAGGCCUGCCCGCACGUGUACAGAUGUAUGUGUGUGUGAGUAUGUAGUACAUGAGGUUUACUGUACAGAUGCGUGAAGUUUCUUUGUGUUUAAUGAUACAUUACAGCCAAAUUAUUUGUUGGUUUAUGGACACACUACCCGUUUUUUUGUUUGUUUUCUUUUCUUUUUUCCAGUAUUUAGGUGAUCUCAAAUUAGAAAACCCAUAUAACCAUGUAAAAACUACUAAUGCUCAAGUAAGCUUUUUAGGGCCCUUUGCCAAUAGGUAGUAAUUCAACCUGAUAUUGAUCUUUUCACAAAUAACAGAACUGAGAAACUUUUAUAUAUAACUGAAGAUCACAUAAAACAGAUUUGCAUAAAAUUAUCAUGAUUGCUUUAUGUUUAUAUUUAACUUGUAUUUUUGUACAAACAAGAUUGUGUAAGAUAUAUUUAAAGUUUCAGUGAUUUAACAGUCUUUCCAACUUUUCAUGAUUUUUAUGAGCACAGACUUUCAAGAAAAUACUUGAAAAUAAAUUACAUUGCCUUUGUCCAUUAAUCAGCAAAUAAAACAUGGCCUUAACAAAGUUGUUUGUGUUAUUGUACAAUUUAAAAAUUGUGUCAGGACAUAACUCUUUAAAAUCACCAACCUCACUGCCCUUUGUAGAAUAUGUAUUAAUCAGUCUACAUGAAAGAAAAUAAUGAUUCUUACUGGAAUGUCUAGGCACUGUACAGUCUUGGGUCAUUGUAUUGUACCAGUGAAAUGCCAAAUUAGAGAGGCCUGCACUGCAGUUUUAUAUGUCACAUAUUGCCUGUGGCUCUGUUAUGCACCUCAAGAUUUUAAGGAGAUAUGUUUUUAGAGAGAAUUUCUGCUUCCACUAUAGAAUAUAUACAAAAUGUAAAAUAUUGACGAAAGUGGAAGUAGUGUAUUUUAAGAUAAUUACACUUUUGAAUUUAUUUUUCAUAUUGUAUAGUUGGUAUAAUUAAAUGAAUUACUGGAGUGGGUAGUGAGUAUACUUAUUUUAAAUGUUUGAUUCUGUUAUAUUUUUCAUUAAGUUUUUUAAAAAAUUAAAUUGGAUAUUAAAUUGUAUGGAUAUCUUUUAUUAAUUUUAAAGAUCCCUCAAAAAGUAGCACUCAAGCAGUUUCUAAACAAAGGUUGAUUUCCAGUUAGUAGCAUGACAAGUUUCAACAGAAAAUUUAAAAAAAUAGCUAAUAGAAAGUGUUCAGUAUCAUACCACUCUGCCAGGUUCUGAGUCAGUCACAGGAGGGAGACUUGUUCUCUUCCAAGUGGUUCUUCUGUGUUGAGGUCUGUUCUGAGGCACGAGUUGGCUCCUUGAGGCCUCCUGGCCAGAUUGUGGACUGUAAGCAGAAAGUAAGUGAAUGUAACAGAUCCCAGACAGUACACAAAACAUGGACCUGUACACGAAAUUACACAAAAGUUGCAACCCCUCUUCUAAGGAAAAGAUUGUGCCUUGCAUUUUAAGAGAAAUGUUGCUAUGCAGGAAAGGCAGGCCUAAAAAUUUAAUACAAAGUGUUAUCUCUCUUCAAUCUUUUUAAGAAUCUGUUACC